AUGGUGGGACGAGUGAAGGAGGGCAUGAGGAGCUUGGUCCGCCACUCGCCGGGAGUUUCGGGACUUGUUGUUGGCCUUGUGCUGGGGCCUGUGCUCUGGUGGCUGGUGUGUGCUCUGUGGCUGGUCCUGCUGGUCCUGGCUGGCGUCGCUGCUGCUGGCCUUGCUUUCCUUGUCUCCAAAAAGGGUCUGAGAAUGCGCGAUGUACGGAUGCUCGUCGGUGGAGUCCGCAUCCAGCUGUAUCUCAAGAACGCGGACCGGAAGAACACAACUGUGGAUCAGCUCUGGGAGUCGACCGUGGCUUGGCGCGGCCGUGGCGCCCCGGCCUUUGCCCAUGUUGACUCUGGCGAGUACUUUACCUUUGGCCAGAUGGACGACGCCGCCAACCAGGUGGCGCACUGGGCGCUAGACGCCGGCCUCGAGCCUGGCACCAUUGUCGCGGUGUUUGGCUACAACCGCCCGCGGUACAUUGCCGUCUGGCUAGGCCUGGCCAAGGUCGGCGUCCGUGCCGCGCUGGUCAACACCAACCAGACUGGCGAUGUGCUGAUGCACUCGAUCGCGGUCUCGGGCGCGCAGGCCGUACUGUUUGAUGCUGCACUUGCCAACGUUGUCGCCGCUGUCCGCGACGAGCUCCGUGGCCUGCACUCGGACGUUCUGCUCGCCUGCCUUGACGACGAUGCGGCCGACGAGCUCGCGCGGGUCGACGGCGCGUCUGCCAUCGGCUGGUCAAGCCUCUCGAUCAAGCCGGUGCCAGCUGAGAGCCGUGGGUACGCUCGUGGAGUCAAGACGCGUGACCCACUGCUCUAUAUCUACACCUCGGGCACGACCGGCCUGCCCAAGGCCGCCAUCGUGACCCACUUCCGCUACCUGACUGCGGCGUCGGCGUUCUCGAUCUUUGCCAAGGUCACGCCCGACGACCGAGUCUACACCGUCCUCCCGCUCUACCACUCUGCCGCCGGUAUGAUUGGCGUGGGUAUGGUGUUGUAUGGCGGUGCCAUGAUGGUUCUCCGGUCCAAGUUCUCGGCUUCACGGUACACAGCCGACGUGGUCAAGUACGACGUCACCAUUGUGCAGUACAUCGGCGAACUCUGCCGCUACCUACUCGCGGCGCCGGCGCACCCUCGUGACGCCGACAACUCGGUCCGCCUGGCCAUCGGCAACGGUCUCCGGCCAGACGUGUGGUCCAAGUUCAAGACCCGGUUCGGCGUAGACCGCAUCCUCGAGUUCUACGCCGCCACUGAGGGCGCGGCCGCCAUUCUCAACCUGGAGGACAAGGACAACUCAAUCGGAUACAUCUCGCAACCGCUGCAGGCCAUUCUCCCGCAGCAAAUCGUCAAAUUUGACCGCAUGACCGAAGAGGUGGUUCGCGGACCCGACGGCAGGUGCAUCGCGGUCGAGACCGACGAGGCUGGCGAGUUUAUCGCCAAGAUCAUCAAGUUCAAGUCGGGCGCGACCAACUACUCGGGCUACACUUCAUCGACGGCAUCGUCGAAAAAGGUGCUCAAGGAUGUGUUCAAGCAAGGCGAUGCCUGGUUCCGCUCAGGCGACCUGCUCAAGCGCGACGACGAAGGUUUUGUCUACUUUGUUGACCGCAUCGGCGACACGUUCCGCUGGAAGGGCGAGAACGUGGCCACUUCGGAGGUUGCUGAGGUAUGCGCCCGCUUCACCGAUCCGGCCCCGCUCGAGUGCAACGUCUACGGCGUGACCGUCGGCGAGUACUCCGGCCGAGCUGGCCUGGUGGCCAUUGUCGGCGCCUCGCCUGAUGCCUUUGACUUUACCGGCUUUGCCGCUCACAUCCGCACGCACCUCGCCUCAUAUGCCGUUCCGCUCUUCCUCCGCUUUCUCCCGGCCAUGGAUCUCACCGGCACGUACAAGCACAAGAAGGUCCAGCUCCGCGACGAAGGCAUUGACCCCGAAUAUGUCCCCGACAUUUACUUCCUCUCAGGCAACACCUUUGUCCCACUCACACCCAAGCUCCACGCCGACAUCAUUUCCGGCGGCGUGCGCCUUUGAUCUGCUCUAUGCCGCUAAACUGAAGCCAUCACCCGA